AUGGCGGGACCUCCGGAACCGCCUCCCUCCUUGACCUCGGAUCGCGACGCCUUGCCGUUCCCUCCACCUCCCCAACCCCUCGAGAACGCCUACGACAGCCCUCAGCUUCAGCGACUCUCGCCUCGACGCCCUCUGCCUUCCCUCCCAACCGGCCCUCGGUUCGUCCCUCUUCACACCGUACCUCCAGCACCGCCGAGCCUUGGAAAGGGCAAAGGCCGAGCGAGCGAGGAGGAUGUGACGGCGGAAGAGGAGAAGCGCGCUAUUGCGAGGACAAGGGGACUGGACGACCUGCUCGAGCGCGAAAGGGAGGAGGCGGAUGCGGUCGGCUUACUCUCGCCGGCGACGACCGACUUGCCCGCGUACCCUGCUGUCUCGCAAGCUGCAUUACAGCGACAUGCGAGCACGAGCAAGCGGCUGUUGAUGUCGUUGCCGGAGGAGGGCGAGCGGGAGAACGAGAAGGCGCUUGCGGCCGUCGAGGAGGUUCGGCGGCUGGCCAACGAGGACACGGCGCGGCAAGUCGAUGCCGAUAUGAUGGGGUCGAAGGCACGUCUGGCUCGCGAAGCCGAUGAAGAGGAGCAGUCGCGUCUCGCGCAGAGCCGGACGGCGGAAGCAGCGGCGUUGGAGAAGCGAAUGGAGGAGCAGCUGCGACUGGAGGAUAUCGACGGAAUGGACGACCCUCCCCCGCCGAUCACGCCGGACGAUGAAAGAGGCGGGAUGCUGCCGUUGACGGACACGAAGAAGCGGCUUGACGAACCUGCUGAGGUCCGAGCGACUGGUCCGGUUGCGCCGCGUCCCGCGUCCUAUCGCCUUCCGCCUCCGCCUGUCGCCGUCUCGGCAGAAGCAGCCUAUCCUCCCACCGUCUCGCAGAGCCGCUUUCUCGAGCCGCAAAAUCCCAUGCGUCCCCCGCUGCAUCCUGCGCAAACAGCUGCUCCCGCAGCUUUGGCUCGACAUGCGACCACAACGGAGCUGCCAACACCAGUAGCGGUCCUUCCUUCGUCGCACGAAACGUCCAUCAUCUCUUCGGCGCCUGGUCGCCUACCAUCCAUGCUCGCGGCGAGCGAACCCCUAUGCGCGCCGCCUCUACCGCGACAUCGCUCGUUGGGUCCCGCAGCGUCCUUCUACAGCACAGGGCUCGGGUUAGCGGACCCGACCCGCUCCUCCACCUUGACAGCAUCGGUACGCCAGCGACAGCCCAGCAUGAUCCUCUCAGAACCUUUUUUGGGUCAAGAGCCGCUUACAACGGCCGACAUCGCUCUCACUACGUCGCAUCAACGCGGCCUCAGCUGGUCCGAGUCUUCUGCACUACCGCAUCCCGCCUCAUUUGCGAUACCGCCCGCACCGACGAUUCCCGCUCAUCUACCUGUGGCGGCGGUCACCCAGGCACUGCCGCCCACUUCGACGUUUUCGGAGUUUGGCGCUGUUCAGCUUCCUUACCGCUCGUCUUCCUCGACGCCGGCACUCGUCCAUCACCCAGCACAAACCGUUGCCGCUCCGCAAACUCCUUCACCCUCGUUCCAAUCUGCGGUUCAGCCUACACCCGCUUUCUAUACCGCCGUCACGCCUGGCGGACCCCUCCUUCCCUUCUACGCCUCUGCUUCGGCAAGCCCGGGCGGCCCGACCUCGUAUUAUACACCUCUCGGUGCCACGGCCCUCCCGCCCAAUCGCAUACAUGCCGCCUCACUUCCGCCACCUCCCGCUCAACCAGUCUUCGCCUCACUCCCUCCGCCUCCUCAACCUGUCACCUUCCCUUCCCUCGCCCCACCGCCACAACACCUACACCCCGUCGUGUCGCCGCCUCUGCUCCACCCGCAUAGAAGUGCCUCGGCACACGACUUGCGCCCAUCAUCCCGGUCGUCAAGCAUCUCCCCUUCUUUGCUCGGGGAACGGACGCCACCCAAGCCAGCUCGUGCGGCGAGGAUGAGUACGAUUAGGAAUCUGUUCGGGAAGAAGGGUGGAAAUGGAGCAGGCCUAGGGGAGAUGCCGGAGGAGUGA